UUUCUCCACAAAAGCAGAGAAAAGAAAUGUAUAUGAGGUAUUUUUUGCAGUAUACGGAUAUGGAGAUAUUUGAUUUGUAUGUAUCGAGAAUGACAGAAUACAAGAUUUCCCCCAUCAAAGAUGAAUAAUGUAGAAAUGUAAAAAGCGAACAAGAAUGCAAGAAGAAGAAAUUACACAAAUAACAAAACCAAUUGCACCAAUGUGACGUUUCACACUCAGCGAUUCGGCUAAAUACACUCGAGAGCGCAAAAGAGCAGCAUUUUUAUUCCGUACAAACGAAAUAACCAACAACAAAGAGUGCAAUGAAUUUUCUUGACCUGACUUGCCUUUCGUGAUUUGAGAUGUAGUUUUGCUCUCAUCCCUUGUCGGUAAGGACAAUGAAUGAGUGCAGUGUAUGAGAGAGAACUCAAAGAAAAUGAAACAGAUUGAAAAGCCUAGUAUUUGCCCGGUUGUGCGCACACAGCAUGCAUGGAUAAUGUCAUGUGAAGGUAUAUUUAUGUGUUAUGACGAGCAAAACAGCGCAACAACAAAGUCCUGAACACCAGUAUAAGCAUUGUUUGCAACAACAAAAGGCAACGUGUGCCAAAAUCUGCGCUUUGUACGAAGGUAAAAGUGCAGGCAGGCAGAAGAUUUAUGAGAGUUGAGAUUUUGAGGGUAUUUUAGCCAGGAUCGAAGCGUUGAACGGCACAUUUGCUAAAGUAGCGUCAACGCGAUCACAUCGUUGUGCUCGUCAGUAACGUCAGAAAAAAUAAAAUAAAAUAAUUUCGUGAUUAUAAAUAUUAAGUAAUAAAUACGAGUUUCCUGUGCAACCAUGGCUGCAACGAACAGCUACUACACACCUAUGAUGUGUCAGCAGCAAAAUUAUAAUUGCAGGGAGUUUUAUAAUAACAUCGGAACAUCUUACUAUAGCGCUUAUGAUUACUGCGGCAAUCCUACGUUCCAGACCAGUAAUCAAAGUGAAGCAUUUAAUUAUAAAAACAACUGCCCUUCAGAAGCCACUAGCCGACCAGUUCGAAUAAAUAAUGCAAUAACGGAAACACCACCAUCCGUAAACAACACAUAUCCAGAAUCGAUAAGGCCAUCUAUUGAAAUCACUGACCAAGUAUUUUUGAGCGGGCCAGUCACAUCCUGCAAUACGUCGCCACAAUCACAAGAAUCAAUUGAAAGUAAUGAACCAAUUUUUAAUGACAGACUUAUUAAUGAUAUAAGAAAGGAGGGGUCACCCUCCUCCAACUCGAUGAGAGGAGUGAUGGAUAACUGCAACACUGUCCCAAGGGAUUUAAAUAUUUUUGAAGAAAGACGAAAGGAGGUAUUGAAGCGCAAAGCAUCUGUGCUCAAUAAUGAUAUACCGGGGCAAGGGGGAAGGCUCAGCACUUUACGGGCUUUACUAACCAAUCCUGCCGAGAGACUGACAUACACUCCAGAUUAUGUUCAUCCACAAAGCCAAGUUUGUUCGCAAAUGCAGCAAGUAUUCAGCGAAGCUAGCAAUGACAACUCAAAUGUGUACACCGUUAAUAAGCCACCCAGUUUUGAUCAGGAUAGCAUCGGUGCCGGCAGUCAUUUAUCAGCACCUAUUUAUAGCACACGUCCUUCACCCAGCGGCAUUCGGAAUUUGGAAGCAUUCUCCUCACAGUCUGUAAAACUUUUAAACCAAAGCAAUCCAACCGACUUUCUCACUCCACCACCAUCGAAUGCAUCAGCAUCAGCUACUGCGGUUGGGGGAACAGCAGAGCCGCCAUCGCUGUCGCUCUCACCAGUUGCUAAUGCACCAAUAACAACUCCUCCAUCCACGCAGGCAUCUCCUGUCGACGCUAUUAGCACACCACCCUUGUCGCCGCUUGAACAAGCUGUCAAUCAGUAUCAAGAGGUUCAGCCAAUCAAUCAUCAAAUUUUGACAGAUACUGCAGAAGAGCCUACCACUACUUCGCGUAAAGGAAAGAAAGUGAAAGAAAGUGUGAAGGAUUCAAAGCGCGUACGUCAGACGUACACCCGUUUCCAGACCUUGACGUUGGAGAGGGAGUUCUACAUAAAACAAUACCUUAAUCGCCAAAGCCGUCUUGAAAUUUCCAAUGCGUUAUCACUUACUGAGCGUCAGAUCAAGAUUUGGUUCCAAAACCGACGUAUGAAGUCGAAAAAGGACGGAAAACAACCCACCCAAGCAUAUAUCGGCAUCAGCCAUUGCCCAAAUUCUGACUCGAAAUCGAUUGUUCCAAGACAGCCACUUUCCGUACCACCAGCGUAUCCAUACCCUAUAGUCAGUGGCCAAGCCUAUCCAAAUAAUCCAAUGAACGCUCACCCGACCCCGGGCACGCUUCCACAAUGUGGCCAAAUGUAUGACUCGGCAACAGCGCGACAAUCAUUGCACAACCAAAAUUAUUAUUACGGGCAAUAUCCACAGCAGUCGUCUCCUCUGUUCGCCCAGCAGCAGCACCAGCAGUAUCAGCAGCAUCAUCAGCAGUAUCAGCAGCUUCACCACCACCUCCAGCAGGGACAGUAUCAACAAGCACAGCCUCUAGUCCUGCCAGAUCGACCGCAACCAGUACAACCAUCGCAGCAGCAAAUGACCAGCCCAUCAGUAGGAUUCUCAUCAUAUUCGUCGCAGAGAGAGAUCAGUAACUAUCCACAACGACUAGAAGCAUUCAAUACUGUUCAUGGUGUGCCGGGCGGAACGCAGACGGGGUGCAUAUAAUACGAUACACAUACAAUUGAAUUUUCUGCCGUCCAUCUAUGGCACAAAAAUAGACACCAAAGAAGUAACUUCGAAAAAAUGCAAUGCCAACAUCGCACAAGCAGACUCCCUAUAGAGGCAUGUGGGCACACCAGUCGCGAGCAAUGUCGUAAAACAUACAGGCAUACACACAAACGCCAGAACUUUUUUCGAAAGGUUGAUAUGUCCCUAAUUGUGUUCGUUCGUCCUAGGCGAAGAAGCAGCAUUACGGGACGGUUUGAAAUAAAUAUUUGUAUGCAUGUUGGAAACUUUCCAUAUUCUGAGGAAGAAUAUGUAGGAAAGUGACUGCGCAGGAGCAAAGCGGGUGGCGACCGAAUACAAAUGCUAUCAAUUAUUAGAGUACCCAUGUGCACGUACUACCGCUAACGACAACUGAAUAUGAGUGACUAUGGGAAGGACUGCCACCUGACGAGUGGGUAUCACGCAUGAUUGUAGCUACUAAUGUAUACAUAUUUUUAAAAUUUAUGUACUUAUUUAUAUAAACAAAUAUAAUUUGUGGUAUAUGGGAUAGAAA